AUGCCCUCAGUGAUGGAGCGCUCGGGGGCCGGGGUCCUGUCCAGGAGCAGAGCCAAGACCGUAACCAACGGCAACAGCCCACACUCUGAAGAGGAGAGCAGCGAUGAAGAGCAUGCUCAUGACAGUAUGAUCAGAGUGGGAGACUACCAGGCCCAGAUACCAGAGUUCAAACCAGACAGUCCAACCCGCUACAAUGAGAAGGACCAGAGGAGCAUGUUGGUCUGGUGUCCCAACCCUCAGCUUUCUGAUGCAAUGUUGGACGAGUACAUCCUGAUGGCUAAAGAGAAACAUGGAUACAACAUGGAGCAGGCUCUGGGGAUGCUAUUAUGGCACAAACACGACGUGGAGCGCUCACUUGCCGACCUGGCCAACUUCACCCCCUUCCCAGACGAGUGGACAGUGGAGGAUAAAGUGUUGUUUGAGCAGGCCUUCAGCUUCCACGGCAAGAGCUUCCACCGCAUCCAGCAGAUGCUUCCAGACAAGCUGAUCUCCAGCCUGGUGAAGUACUACUACAGCUGGAAGAAGACCAGGACCAGGACCUCCGUCAUGGACCGACAGGCUAGGAGGCUGAUCAGCAAGCGAGAGAAAGAAGACAGUAAUGAUGACGUUGAGGAAGCAGGAGACCCUGGUAGUGACAGUGACUUUGAGAUUGACGCCAAGAAAGAGGCAGUGAAACAGAACCCCAACAACGCUAACUCUGACAAGGCGACCCCCAGUCGCCCUGGGCCGGUGAAGAAAGAGAAUAUCGGGGCUCAGUACCGCCACCACCCGCUCCGAGCCCGCCGCAGGCCACCCAAGGGCAUGUACCUGGAGCAGGGAGACAUCAUGCAGGUGUCAGCCUCCACGACUCCCGGGGUGGUAACUGCAAGACAGCUGGACACCCAGUUGGUGUCACUCAAGAGACAGGUCCAGUCUAUUAAACAGAACAACAGUUGUUUGAAACAGAGCUUAAAUGAAGGUGUUGACACUUUCAAACCUGCUGAGCCUGUCCCUAAGAUGAACUCCCGUUGGACCACAGAGGAGCAGCUCCUGGCUGUGCAGGCAAUCCGUCGCUAUGGUAAAGACUUUGCAGCCAUCGCUGAGGUGAUCGGGACCAAGACACCAGCUCAGGUGAGCUCGUUCUUCGUGAGCUACCGGCGCCGCUUCAACCUGGACGAGGUGCUGAGGGAGUGGGCGGCCGAGCAGGUGGCCACCAGCCGAGACCAGAGAGACCCCAGGAGGAGCGCCGAGGAGAUGACAGCCGCCGCAGAUGGAGCUGCAGAGGAGGACGAGGUCAAAAUGGAGGACUCCCCCUCGGACGCCGGCGGCGGCUCCUCUCCUCCCUCCUCCACCCAGACCCCCUCCUCCCUCUCCCAGCCUCCUCCGCUCCUGCGCCCGGCGCCUCCCUCGGCUCCCCCGAGCCUCCUCCGCCAGCCCCCUCCCCUGCAGACGCGCCCGCUCCAGAACCGAGCCCACACCAACCCUCCGCCUCCGCUCAUCCGGCCCGCCGUGACCACCUCGUCCUCCUCCAGCGGGAGCUCCAGCCUCAGGGCUUCGCCUCCCAGCUCCUCCUCCUCCUCCUCCGCCGCCGCCGCCGCCGCAGGGCAGAUGCCACCGUCGCUGGUCGGGCUCAAAGUGGAGCAGCCCAACUCGCAUUGAUACACACACACACACACACACCUACAUAUAUACAACAAUAGGAAUAGAAACACACAAAUUAGCAUGCAGACACACUUUCUCUUCUCUCCAGAGAAAAUUCCUUCACCCUGUAACUCCAUCACUCCUAGCCGUUGUUCCAGGGGACCAUUACACAUCACAUGACCACACGAUAACACGCUCAGGUCCUUAAGGUGACAUCACAGCUCUGACAAUGCAGGAAGAGUGGAAGGACCCCCCCAUAGGGUCCACUUAGAAGCCCCUUUACUGUACUGACAAACACCUACCUCCAGACCAUCGUUCUCUAGCAUAAACACACACACACACACACACACUACAAACAAGCUAGAACUGAUAAGACCACUACCUGCACACCCCUCCCUAAACAACACAAAAAGAGACACUGGAUCGUCAAGUUGUUGAAGAAAGUCAUGACCGCAGAGAGCGAAACCCACCUGCUCGUUUCCAUGGCAACUGCUGAACAUCUGGAUUGCGGAGGAGUGUGAUUGAACACACAGACACACUAUAUAUAUAUAUAUCUAUAUAUCUAUACUGUAGGUUCCACUGGGCAGGUAUCAAUUGAUCCAGGGAGUGGAACCUGCUCCUCCUGAGAGGUCACGCAGAUUACUGAGUGAUUCAGAAACGAUGUGAAGAAACAGGCCUUUUCCUGUUGAGCUUUGCUUUAACACUCGGACCCUCAUCGAGGAGUGAAAAAGGGUACUUUUGCAAAGAAAACCGAGCUUUGGCACUCGAAGCUGUCGCUAUGAGUUUAAUGCUACAGCUUUUAAAAGCUGAAGCUGUUGGUUUGAAAUGGAAAGAAGAGCGAGAGAUGUGGUCUCCCUCUUCUCUCCUAGCCAUGUAUUACUAGUAUUAACCUGGAGUGAUGUUUUCCCCUUUUUUUGACUAGACUUUAAAAGUGAGCCUUAGGCAGUCAGUUAGUAAUUGUAAGUAGUUUAGAUAGUGCAUUCUUUAUUAUUCUUAUGAUGAUUAUUGACUGAGCACUAAGGAGAAUAAGUUAAACACGUGACUGGACUUUGUCUCACAUUUCCAGAAGACAUUUGCUUGUUUCUCAACUGUCCACUGCUUACUGCCCAUUACUUUGGAGGAAGAUUUUCAGUAGUCAACCGCUAACACUGGCCGCUGUGGAGAGCAGCUGAACAUUAGCCUCUGUGGAAAAUAUGUGUAGUAGUAGCUCUACAAAGUGAAGGGGACGCCUGACCUUUCCUUGACCUCCGACAGAUAACCGUAACACUGAAAAAUAAAAUGUUCUGCCAAAGUCUGCUAUUGCUUUAAAAAGCUCACCGUCCCUCAGACCAUCCCAUGUCUCCAAUUAGCUGUUGCACAUAUAAGAAGAUGUUUCCUAGCUUCCUACAUGUUAAGACACAGGAAAAGUGUGUUAAAGGAAUCAUUUGGGAAACAGACGUAUUGGCUUUCUUGCUGAGCGGUAGACGAGAAGAUUGAUACCGCAACUCCGUACAAGAACAUGAGUGGUAAUUAUAUCUUGGCGAGAAAGUGAAGAAGUGUAUUGACCAAAAUGUCAAACUAUUAAUUUAAUGUUUCUGUAGGACAACCGAAACUAGCUCAGGUUAGUCGAGGUGAUUCAGUUCAGUAUUUUGUUAGACGUGUUGAUGUGAUGAAGACUCUCUAAAAGCCCUCUGAGUCCAGUUAAAGGCUGCUUUCUCUCUCCUAGUUUAAAGUCCUGUUCAUGAACAGAAGAAGAUGUGAGGUGAAAGUAUAACUGAAAGAAGUUUCUGCUGUAAUGUCGGCCAGCUGUCGGGCUUCUCUGUCCUGUCACAGUACAGUUGUCUGCCUCUGAAAUGUUCCUUUAAAUCACUGCUUGUGUUCAGGGCUUGUGGUGAUUAUCAGGCAACCUCAAUGAACAAAUGACUGAAUGAUAUUCUGCUGUGGUUCUAUUGUGAUUAUUUUGAUCUGCCAGACAGCCCCAUGCUGGAUCUUUCCCCUCCUCAUAGACUAGUUGCCUGUGUAUCACUGCCUUUUCAAGCAGAUCUGGGAUCACACGUGUGUAUAAACCUUUCUUUAAACCGUGUUCAGUGCUUCUCCACUAAUUCAGGCCUUCAGCGUUGAGUUUUAACGCGGCACUGAGCAGGAAUCAAAGCGGCCCAUCACUAUGUGUGGCUUUAACGUGGCUCGUUGCUUGGACUUGUUUUCUUACAAUUGUCCCUUCCUCCAAAACUGCUUGUGUGUACUGUAUGUGAGAAGUUGUUUACAUUGUGGAAACUGAACUGUUUUGUGUUUGAGAAAUGUUUUCUUUUUCUAGAAUAAAGAAAUGACCAAAUAGUACAGCA